AUUUCUGAAGCAUCGUGUCGCGCGCGCCGUGCUCCCGUCCAAUACCAAUCUAAACACAUUACCGACACACCGCCCAAACUUUCAACGUUUAUUACGGCAAUGUUUUAAAACACUGAUUAACUGUAAAGUUUAAAGUGAUUACAACAGCAAAAUGUAAACUCAUUUAGUUUAAUUGAUAGUAAAAUUGUUGCACGCGGCAAUGUGAUACGGUAGCGAGUGUUGUGAUACUUAUUCUUGGUGUUUAUUUUAAAAUGAUGUGGUUGUGACAUAUUUUAACAAACAUGUAUGUGUUGGUGUUAUUCCUCUCAGUGCUGUUACAAUGCAUUUGUGCACAGGAAAAAUCUAUUAUCGGAGGUAUUUUUUAUAAAGGCUCCGAUGAUAUGAGAGUGGCGCUGGAAGUGAGCGCGAAAACCUUCAACUUUACAGCGUCCAUUAAAGAAGUAUCAGUUAGAGGGGAAAUUUUGGAAGUAACCAAAUAUGUAUGUGAACUCGCUGAGGAAGGUGUGAUCGGUAUUAUAGAUGGGACUGGAGGACGGGCCAGUGAAAACAUCCAGGCAAUAUGUGACAUGUUGGAAUUACCUCAUGUCAGUAUACAACACAACGACCUCUAUAGUGAAAACUGGUCCGUGUUGAAUAUGCAUCCCAGUCCUACUGCUUUUAAUAUGGUUCUAGAAAAUCUAAUAGUCUAUAAGGAUUGGCGAAAUUUCACGUUACUGUACGUAAAAGGGCACAGUCUACUGCGCGUGGGGGAUUUGCUGAAGAUGGGCAACGAUUCCUACCCAUACGUGGUCACUUUGAGAGAACUGAGUGGCGAUAAUUACAGGGAGGUACUAAUAGACGCCAAACGCAACGGUUAUACAAACUUUGUGGUUGACUGUCCUUCCCGGAACUUGGAACAGGUGUUGCUCCACGCUCAGCAAGUGGGCAUGAUGGCCGAGGAACAUUCGUACAUAUUCCUUUCACCUGAUAUAUUUACUUUGGAUAUGGAUCGAUAUAGAUAUGGCGGAGUUAAUAUGACAGGUUUCCGUCUAGUAGCACUACAAAAUAAAGACAAUGAGAAACUUUGGAACUUUACAACGACGUUUAACCAGGAAACAGGGAAAGCGCUGGAGCCAGAUCAAUUUAAAACAACAUUACUUUUAAUACAUGAUGCCGUGGAAGUGAUAUCUGCGGCAAUGAAAAAAUUAAAAGAUGUAAAGGCUGAGUUCUUGAGCUGUGCCAGUUACAAAGCUUGGAACUAUGGAUCCAGUCUCUUAAAUUUUAUGAAAACGAACAAGGUGGACGGAUUAACGAGAUCUCUAAUAUUUGAUGGUUUAGGACAAAGAACGGAUGUCACUUUUGAUUUGUUAGAGCUUACUUCUGCUGGUAAUCAGUCAAUUGGGAUGUGGACGAACAAUAAAUUGAAAAUCGACAGGCCAAUCGUAGCUGAUGCAGAAAUAACACAGGAGGCGGCACUUAGAAACAAAACUUUAAAAGUCCUAAUUGCGAUAGCUCCUCCAUAUGGCUACUUAAAACUAUCACACGAGACAUUGGAAGGCAAUGAUCGCUAUGAAGGAUUCACCAUAGAUUUAAUUGAUAAAUUAAGUGAAAUAUUAGGAUUCAGUUACGAAUUUGAAGUUGAACAGGAUUACGGUAACAAAAAUGAACGUGGUGAAUGGUCUGGAAUGGUUUUACAGCUGAGAGAAGACAAAGCCGACCUUGCUAUUUGUGAUUUAACAAUAACAGCUGAGAGACAAAGUGGUAUCGAUUUCUCGACCCCGUUCAUGACGCUUGGUAUCGGUAUUCUGUACAAGGAGCCCAGUAAACAACCACCUGAGAUGUUCUCCUUCAUGGCUGUCUUUUCCAAAGAGGUCUGGUAUUACAUGAUGCUCAUCCAGCUGGCUUUGGGUGUGACAAUGAUCUUCGUCGGUCGUAUCUCACAUAAGGAGUGGCAGAACCCAGUGCCCUGCAUAGAGUCUCCAGAGGAAUUGAGCAAUCAGUUCAGUUUCGCCAACUCCGUCUGGCUUAUUAUCGGUUCCGUCAUGCAGCAGGGUUCUGAAAUUGCUCCCAUCGCAUUAGCUCCACGCAUGAUCACCAGUGUGUGGUGGUUCUUCACAAUGGUGAUGGUAGCCUCAUACGUCGGUACUUUGGUCGCUUUCCUUACCGUUGAAAAGAAUGUCCUACCGUUCAAUACGGUGGAAGAACUAUACAACAGUAAAUCCAUAUCUUACGGAGCCAAGAAAAAGGGAUCCACUAAACAGUUCUUUGAGGCAAGUUGA